CUGGGAGGUUAAGAGGCUGAUAAACUGGUGACUGGCAACUGGAGAUGGCUGGGCAUCUCAAAAAGAGAACCGGCGGAGGGCAGUGUUCCACCUGAGAUCCCUCAGUGGGGAGCCAGCCCCAGCCCUGCGGCCUUGGGAUGGGAGGAUCCGUGUGGAGUUGGCCUCCAGGCCCAAGCUGCACAGCCACGUGGGCCGGCUGUGGGGUGGACACGCCCUGGGGCGCAAGCUCGCUGGCGCGGAGCUUGGAGCGGGCAGAGGCGCGCGCGACUCCCGACGCGACGCUGGGUGGCGCUGCCGCACCGCCUCGCGUCAGACCUGUUGCGCCCAGGGUACAACUCCGGCCGGUUUAGGGUAAAGGGGCGCUCCGUUGUCCCCGGGCGCCCCCUGCGAACCCGGGCCGUAGCACCCCCUCCUGGGGCCCCUGACACCCCACCUUGACUUGAGGCUCCCAUUCAUUUGGCCUCUGCGUUCUUCGCUGCAACAGUUCUAGGCGCGUCGGGUGAGGCGGGAAUAAAGUUUCUCCAAGCUGGUCUGGAAGAGGGCUGGGUAAGGACCCGCCCGGCUCCAGACUCCAUGGCCGGCUGGACUGUUGCCCCGUCGGCUUCACGGCCACCCUGGGAGCUCUGCUCUGGUUGGAACCUUUAAACGAGAAUCUCGGAUCUGCUGCUAUGCAGAUGGACCUGUCGGCACUGCUGUCAAAAGUGCUAUGAGGCCAGCUGUUGCCAGUCGAGUGAGGAUGAAGUUGAAAUCCUGGGACCUUUUCCUGCCCAGACUCCUCCCUGGCUGAUGGCCAGCCGGAGCAGUGACAAGAAUGGGGAUUCUGUCCACACAGUCAGCGAUGUCCCGCUGACCCCACGUAGCAACUCUCCGGAUCGGAGAUGCUCGUCCUCAGACACGUCUAAGUCCACGUACAGCCUGACCCGGAGGAUUUCAAGUCUCGAGUCCAGACGGCCCAGCUCCCCGCUCGUCGACAUUAAACCCAUCGAGUUCGGUGUCUUUGGCGCCAAGAAGGAGCCCAUCCAGCCAUCGCUGCUCAGGCGGACCUAUACCCCCGACGACUAUUUCCGCAAGUUCGAGCCCCGGCUCUACUCCCUCGACUCGAGCGGCGACGACGUGGACUUCCUGACGGACGAGGAGAUCUCGUCCAAGUACCAGCUGGGCAUGCUGCAUUUCAGCACCCAGUACGACGUGCUGCACAACCACCUGACCGUGCGCGUGAUCGAGGCCCGGGACCUGCCGGCCCCCAUCUCGCAGGACGGCGCGCGCCAGGACAUGGCGCGCUCCAACCCCUACGUCAAGAUCUGCCUCCUGCCGGACCAGAAGAACUCCAAGCAGACGGCGGUCAAACGCAAGACGCAGAAGCCCGUGUUCGAGGAGCGCUACACCUUCGACAUCCCCUUCCCGGAAGCGCAGCGGCGGACCCUGCUGCUCACCGUGCUGGAUUUCGACAAGUUCUCCCGCCACUGCGUCAUCGGGAAGGUGUCCGUGCCGCUGUGCGACGUGGACCUGGUGAAAGGCGGGCACUGGUGGAAGGCGCUGAUCCCUAGUUCUCAGAAUGAAGUGGAGCUGGGGGAGCUGCUUCUGUCACUGAAUUACCUCCCAAGUGCUGGGAGACUGAAUGUGGAUGUCAUUCGAGCAAAGCAACUUCUUCAGACAGAUGUGAGCCAAGGUUCAGACCCCUUUGUGAAAAUCCAGCUGGUACAUGGACUCAAGCUUGUGAAAACAAAGAAGACAUCCUUCUUAAGAGGCACAAUCGAUCCUUUCUACAAUGAAUCCUUCAGCUUCAAAGUUCCCCAAGAAGAACUGGAAAAUGCCAGCUUAGUGUUUACAGUGUUCGGUCACAACAUGAAGAGCAGCAAUGACUUCAUCGGAAGGAUUGUCAUCGGCCAGUACUCCUCCGGCCCCUCCGAGUCCAACCACUGGCGACGGAUGCUUAACACCCACCGCACCGCCGUGGAGCAGUGGCACAGCCUGAGGUCCCGGGCUGAGUGUGACCGCGUGUCUCCUGCCUCGCUGGAGGUCACCUGAGGGCCACAGCUGGGGAGGCAGCUGUCGUUUGUAAAAAAAAAAAAAAAAAAGAAAA